AUGGGUGCGCGCCUGUACUUUUUUGACGGUGGAUUUCUCAGUGGAAAAAAAUUGAAAAAUGGGUCUAGUAGUAGUUUUCACAAUAACUUACCUAUUGGUCUUUUCAAGAACUUUGAGCCCAAUGAAUUUAAAAGAAAUCAAGCCACCAAUUAUUCUAAAUCACUAAUUGUAGCUUACUUAUCAUUUUAUAGGGACGGCAUCUCAGUUGUUCCUACUACUACUAUGCCCAGAAAGUUGAAGGUAAGAAAGAGUACAAGAGUUGAUGCACAUAAGGUUGGACCUAGUAGGCCACAUAAGGAUAGACGUAGUAUCAAGCAAAAAAAAAAGGAAGCAAGUAGAAUACUAACAGGAGCCAUUCAUGUUCAAUCAAGCUUCAACAAUACCAUUGUAACGAUUACAGAUGUAGAGGGUCGGGUGUUUUCUUGGUCUUCUUUCGGGAGUUGUAAAUUCGAGAACACAAAAAAAGGAACGCCAUUUGCUGCCCAAACUGCAGCAGAAGAUGCUAUUCGCAAAGCGGUCGAUCGGGGUUUGAAACGAGCAAAAGUCAUGAUAAAGGGUCCUGGUCUCGGAAGAGACACUGCAUUACGAGCCACCCAGAGAAGUGGUGUCCGAAUAAGUAUUGUACGGGAUGUAACCCCUAUGCCACAUAAUGGAUGUAGACCUCCUAAAAAAAGACGUGUAUAG